CUUCUAUCCAUUCAUAGCGCAACCGCUCAUAACGUGCACUGACGAAUAGAAGAGAGAAGGAUCAGAGUGAGAGAGCGAGAGAGUGAGAGAGAGAGAGAGAAAGAACGAGAGAGAGAGAGAGCGAGAGGGUUGGAUUAGAGAGUCAAACAGUUGAGAGACAGAGGGUCACACAACCUGCUGAGGGUGCAAAACUAACGGGACUGGAAUCUCUAAAUCCAAUCCAGAUCAGCAAUUAACCGGUUAGGGAGAGGACCACAUACAUAACCCGCACAGAUUCAAACGCAGAAGCGACAAUCGUUUUUUUUAACAAGUAGUCAAGUUCCAUCCAGCCACACUCCAACUCUAAACCAUGGAGCGCAAGAUCCCCGACUUCGCUGGUACCUGGAAGAUGAAGAGCUCGGAGAACUUCGAGGAACUUCUCAAAGCACUGGGUGUUAAUGUCAUGCUGCGUAAGAUUGCAGUGGCAGCAGCUUCCAAACCCUCUGUGGAGAUCACCCAGGAGGGUGAGACACUGUCCAUACGAACCUCCACCUCGGUCAGAACUACCCACGUCACCUUCACUGUGGGAGAGUCCUUCAACGAGGCCACUGUCGAUGGACGGCCCUGCACGAGUUCUCCAAAGUGGGAGACAGACAGUAAAAUCAGCUGUGAGCAGACUCUUCAGAAAGGGGAGGGUCCUAAGACUGCCUGGACUCGGGAGAUAACCAAUGACGGUGAGCUGAUCCUGACCAUGAGUGCUGAUGACGUGGUGUGCACCAGAGUCUACGUACGAGAGUGAAACAGAAGACCCUCCUUCCAUCCUUCCAUCCCUCUGUCAUUCUCCGUUUACCACCAGCUCACUGCGCGACCCUGGGCCAGAAUGAGCGGGGCGAAACAAUUAUGUAGUACCUAACUUUACUCCAGUGUAUCUUUCACAAAACCAUGGGAUUGAACCUCGUGUAGUUGAUCUAUAUUGGUCACAUGUUAAAGUUUAGUCAGUCAGUCUUCACAACUUUCAGUCCUGUUGCUCAGCACGGUUGUAAACCAAUGUAUUUGUGAUGCCUUUUUGUGAAUCUUUCCGUAUGCGUGUAUGUGCAUUCAUGUGUGUGUGUGUGUGUGUGUGUGUGUGUGUGUGCUAUUCUGUGCCAUAGGUCUAAGAGUGUGUAUUGUGUGUUGACUCUAUUUGUAGUUAUGUAAACCUAUCAAUGAGCUCUUCCAGUUUUAAGGUCAGUUCCUGUCUGUUCUGCUUCUCUCUUACAUGGCUUCUGUCUGAAAUGUUUUCUAUUUAUUAUACUAGAAUCCAACAUAAUAUGGCCAUGGUUUUCACUUUGUGUCCAUUUUAUAUAAAAUGUGAUCAUAGGAAAUUAGGCUUUCUAUGGGAAGACAAUAAAGCAUGAUGUUGACUCCA